AAAGUUGAUAUAAUAAGCUUAAAUUGAAUACGAUUUUAUUUUUUAAUUAAUAACAUACGCAUGAAAAAAAAAACUAUAAGUCAUUCCAUUUUAUAAACAGCUUUUCUGGUAUCAAUCGGUAUUUGAGUGCACUGACGGAGAAAAGUUAUUGAUGGAGUUCGGUAUAUCGUCGUGAGAAUAAACAUUGACAAGAAACAAGAUGACGUUUAAAAUGACAUUUACUUAAAUGACAUCUUUUUUCGAAAAAAUGUCGCAGCUAAAAUCUGCUAGUUCGCUGGGGGUGUGUCUCGUAUGAUUAUUUUACCCCACGAUGAUGAUGAUGAUGAUCAAGACCGUAGUCUUUAAUACACAUUACGUUUGAUAUGGGAGGAUGGUUAUAAAGAAACUCGCCGAUAUAUUGUUGUUGUUCGUGAUCGCAGAAGGCUGCUGCUAUGCGACGAGACACCCGGAGCUGCUGGAAGUGGCGGUGGACGUGGGCGAAAACCUGACGCUGCCGUGCGCGGACCCCGACGACCCCGGGGCCUCGCCCCCGCCGGCGGCGCGCGUGAUGUGGGAGCGCGUGCAUGAGGGCCGCGUCAGCGAGCCGCCGGGCCGCCUCAGGCCGCAGCCCGACGGCGGGCUGUUCCUGCCGCAGCUGGAGCGGGGCGACGCCGGCGUGUACCUGUGCUCGCUGGAGCAGGACGGCGACGGCGUGCGCUCGCGGGUCAACGUCAGGGUCCGGACGCCCCCGCCCGCGCUCCAGAACGUGACGGUGCACCCCUCGACGGUGCUGGCCCUGCUGCUGUGGGACGUGGCGGGCGACGGGGGCUACCCCAUCUCCCACUUCUCCGCCCACUACCGCCAGCUGCACCCCGACCCGGAGUCCCUGGACGACCGCCACUGGCACUCCGUCAAGCCCGAGCAUAUCAGCCCCAACGUCCGGCAGAUAGACGUGUACCGCCUGGACCCCAACACCACGUACGUGUUCAAGGUGUGGGCCAACAACCAGCUGGGGCCCGGGGAGGCGACCCAGCUGCAGGCCACCACGCUGCACAGCGUCGAGGAGAUAGAGCUGGCUCGCCAACUGCUGGACGGGGUGGACCAGUUCGACACGCGCGUGUGGGUGGUCGCGGUGGCCGUCGUGAUGGGCACCCUGCUGCUGCUGGCCGCCGCCACCAGCUUCCUGCUCUACCGGGAGUGCCGGGGCCCGCUCGCCCGCCGAGACGAGCAAGAGGCCAUCGAGCUGGUGCCCAACAUCAUCCUGAACCCCGGCUACUACGACGAGGACAUGCGGGUGGAGCGGGUGGCGCUGGACGAGAACUCCAAUGACCACAUGACCACGAUGAUGAACAACAACACUGUGGUGCAGCCCAUCCGCGUCUGAUGCCCGGUCGCGGGCGCCUCCCUGUCCCGGGGACCUCCGGCCGCGCCCGCGCCGUCUUCGCCUUGCCGGCCGCAGUCCAGCGGCCAAACACAUCCGGCAGACGGUAGAAAAUGCAAAAUGGCAGGGUGUCUGCGGUCACGAAGGUCCGGAACGUCACCGAAAAAGUAACGAAGCUGAUGGGAUGGUCGCGAAAAUCGCGAAAAAGUCCCAAAACAAGCAGUAUCAGUGCUGUAAGUCUUAAAACUGUAAUAUCCAGCAGUCUUUUGCUAACUUGUAUUUUUUUUUUUUUUGAUGCCUCACUUUAGUUUCAAGUAGCUGCUCAUUAAAUAUAAAUAGUUGGAGACUGACCACUUAAAUAAUUUGAAAACUAUGUCUGAAAAAGGCAUGUUCCUGCGAAUAGUAGAUAUAUUUCAUAAUAUGUUUAAUUUUUGCUUAUUAUAAUAUGUGAAUAAUCCUGUGAUAUAUACAAGUUGUAAGAAAAUUUUAUUGAAAGGCAGUGAAAGAUUCCUGAAAUUGAUUCUCCAGGUAUUUGUAGACACCCUGAUUGAGGUCAUGUUUAGAAAUGGCGAGAAAAUGCCAGCAUAUUACAGUAAUCAUAGUGUUGCACAUUUGUUGUUGCGCUAACCGACGUACGUCGCGACACUACCAUCGGCCAUUGUGAUCAGUGUUAAUGUAGGCUCCGCUGUAUUUCUGUUCUUUUGGAGCACUGUAAUUAUUUUCACGAGUCCUGCUGUGGGCUGGGAAGGAGCUAGUUCCCCAGAGACUGAAGAGUUCUUACAGCAACCCUUGACAUCCACACACCAUGCUCUUGAGGUUAGUGGCUUGUGUAUUACUCGUGGAGGUCUUUAGAAGUAGGUUUCGUAACGCCGCAGGUUAUUAAGCCUCCAGCCGGUAGAUGCCCGUACCGUCUCGGACGUGACAGGCAAGCACUGUGUGUCAAAGUCAGUCGAGAGAAGAGAUUCUCUCUGCACCCAUCAACACUUUGGCAUCUAUGUGAAAUAUUCCUGACGGGGUUUCAAUUUCUUGGAAUGAAGGAAAAGAGCCCCACAUUGUAUUUACAGUAAAAUUCAGGACUUUCAAAUUCAGUGUAGAAUUUUUUUAAAAUUCAAAUAUUUAACUAGAGUAAGUAAUAGAUUUUACAUAAUUAUGAUUAUUAUUUUUGUUUUACUUUAUUUUUAUAUUGUUUUCUACAAAAUGUAUUUUCCCGUUGGUGUAAUAGUUUCAUGAUAGUGCAUUUGUAAAUACAGUUGAGGCCCGAUUUAGUGUGAUUGAUUGGGUGAAUAACUCACCUCCUUGUAACUGACUCACUACGCUAUCACUGGGAAAAUAACCAGUCAAGCACCUUUCAAAAUGCACUGACAAAGCUGUGUCCGUAAAACAGAGCGUGACACUGGCAUGAAAGUUUACAGUUUUAUGCCUCCUCAAUCUAAUCUAUGUUGAUUCGAAAGAAUUUGAUAUUUAAUUUUUUGUGUCGUCAUCUACGCUCGUUUCUCUUGUUAAGUUGAUCAAACAUUUGGCAGAGAAUAAAAUCAUGACAUGAAAAUUCUUUUGUACUGUGUAUGCUCGGUGAAAAGUUUCUAUCGACACUUAGUGGUGGUAUGAAUGAGUCAAUCUGGAUGGAAAAUAUUUGCACAUGGCGCACAGCAUUUUGAUUCACAAGCGUGUUGUGUUACCAUAUGAUUUUUCUCGUAGAAAAUACAUUGCAGCUGGAUGCAUGCACACCCCAUUCCUGUUUAGCUCUACAGGCACACGGAAGAUGGUCGCCAACCUACACUUUAUUGAGUACUGUUUGCGAAAGAAAGAAAAGUGCCAAGUUUAUUCUGUUGUCUGUUCCUUUUCUAAAGUUAAAACAAAGCAAAAAAAAAAGAUAAAAGAAA